UGCAUACACAGAGCUAGUAGGACAUUUAUGAUCAGAAUCCCAGAUCAAUUUGCUAACAAAGAAAAUCUGCAAAGAAUGGAGAGAAUGCUUUACGAAGCAUCACUUACCGGUGAUGUUAAUUCCUUGAAGAAAUUGCUUGAGAAAGAUCCUUUGAUUCUCGACAGGUCAGUGGUACUUACUGAUUUUUAUGAAACUCCUUUGCACAUAGCAGCCUUGCGAGGACAUAUAUUAAGUUGGAAACCUGAACUAGCAUCAGAGGUAGACUUGUAUGGAUUUUGUCCACUUCAUGUUGCUUCUGUAAAUAAAAAUCUUGAGAUGGUUCAAGUAUUGUUGGAUAAAGGUAUCUGUAUGGUUAGGGAUCAAGAAGGCAGAACCCCGUUACAUUUAGCAGCCAUGAAAGGCCGAAUUGAUAUGAUGAAGGUAUUGAUUGCAAAACAACCAAAUGCGAUUCACGUAAUAUCAAAUCGAAGAAGGGAAACCAUUUUGCAUCUUUGUGUCAAGCACAAUCGUAUGGAGGCCUUGAAUCUUUUGAUGGAUAACUUAAAGGCUGAUAUUGGUAAGAAUGAAACUGUAAUAGAUAUUUCAGAUGCCGAGAAAGAAUUCAUUUCUGCAAAUUCAAUGGACAAUGAUGGUAAUACUAUAUUACAUCUCGCCGUGGCAAGGAGGCACAUAGAGAUGAUACAGUACUUAAUCGAGGAUAAUAUCGGGAUCGAAAUUAAUGCCUUAAACAACUAUAGUUUCACGGCAUUGGAUACAUUGGCACAAAUUGUUGGAAGGGAUAUAAAGGAUGUCGAAAUUGGAGAUCUUCUUCGAGGUGCCGGAGCUUUAAGAGCCAAAGAUGAGGCUCAAGUACAUUCUGGCCAACUGAAACGGCCUCCUCAAACACAGGCAAAGAGGAAGACUGGAGAUGAAAAGGAUUGGCUGAAAGAUAAAACCAGUGCAAUACUUGUUGCAGCAUCAUUGAUGGCAACUUUAGCCUUUCAAGCUGGAUUAUCUCCACCAGGUGGUGUUUGGCAGGAUGAUAGCUACUCAACCUCCAACAAUAUUGUAAAUGCUGCUGCUACUGAUCGGUUAGUGCACUAUGUAGGAAGGUCUAUAUUAGCUCAGACAAACCCAACCUUUUACCUUAUCUACAUGGUAGCAAACACCCUGGCGUUCACUGGGUCACUGACCACAAUGGCUCUACUCGCAACUGAUAUUCAUCGGAAGCAAAAAUUUUACCUUUGGUUGCUUGUGAGUAAUAUGUUCAUCGUAAGCAUGGCAGCGGGGAUUGUUUAUACAAUAUCUGUGAUAAGCAUGACGCCAUCAAAAUUUAAUAGCCCCCCUAUGAAUGCUUACCCAAUUGAUCGAUCACUCUUUUUGUUUAUAAUUAUCUUCAUGACCGUCCAGUUCUUUUUUUUCACUUAUACUCAUGCUCUUACUCCAAUUUAUACCUGCAAGGUAUGUACCCCGAGUAUUCGAAAAAAUAGAGGACCGAAGAGCAACUUGGAGAGGACACUAAUCAAGAUAGAAAACAACAAGUUACUUAAUUCUUCAGUGAAAAUCAUCCUUUGUAUCUAUUUGUGCUUAUCUCAUUAAGUGUGGGAUCAAUACAU